GGUACCGAGUGGUUGACGAGCAACAAUUGAACUGUCAACAUGUGACGCUGCAGCUGACGGCCACUGACGCACCAGAUAAAGGUGUAUGAGUUGUGGUUUGGGAUGUAGGGCAGUUUGUAAUGCCCUCAGCAGCUGCAUCACUGUGUACUGUGUGUUUAUCUGAAUGUAAUACUGGAGGAUACCAUGUUUUACUUCACACUGAUCUUCAAGUGUUAAAGCACUUCAGUGACAGUUUUCAUUUUAUUUGCCAUGUUUUGUAUCUGUGUGUUUCUGCCUGCACUCUUAUACACUGGCGGUGAAUGAAAUGUUGUUUGUAUAACAGCAAUGUAUGUGUCUGUCCUGGAAGAGGGAUCUUCCUUCCUGAAGUUUCUUCAAUAUUUUUCCUCUUAAAAGGAUUUUUGUCCGCAGAAGGUGAGCAUGACCUGGAGCGUUUGUAGAUAAAGCGGCUCAUUCUAAGGUAAUUCAAACAUAAUUUUUCUGUUUUCAGGGGAUUUUACACUAAUGAAAAUGUACCUGUGAUACCUAUAUAUUACUAGUUAUUGCCAAAGCAGUGGAAUAACAGUAACACGUUCAUUUAUAACAAGUAAUUUAAAAGAUUUAACAGCAAUGUAUGUGUCUGUCCUGGAAGAGGGAACUCUCUUCCUGAAGUUUCUUCCAUAUUUUUACUCUUUACAGGUUUUUUUGGGCAGUUUUCUAUAAUCUGAAUUUAGCCUUUAAGGUUAGACAAAAUUGUACGCUGUAUACAUUGUGGCAAAUUUGUGAUAUAAAUACUAACUGUGACGAUGUGUGUUUGCAGAAACUGUGUCACUGUUUCUCUGGAUUGAUUCUGGAUUCUUUUGCAGAAAUUACCUCCAAUCUGAGUUACUGAAAUCUUUAAAUGCCAUUUAUGUGAUGAAUUGUUGUUUCUGUCAGGUGAACUAUCCCUUUUUGACAGGAGUUGUACAUGUGAUUAAUAUUUCUGAUGCCUCUCUGACAAAUUCAGAGUAAUAACAACCUGUCAUUGUCAUUGUAAGGUGGAAAUAUUUAGAUUCUCUGUGAUAACUUUAUUAAGAGUUGUAGUGAAAUAUUGUUACUCUUCUGUUACUAUAACUCUGUAUAACUAUAACUGUAGUCUAUUAAUUGUCAUCCAUAUAAAAGAGAUAUGGAAAACCAGACUUUCAAUGGGGAUAUCUUAAUCCUGGAGGGGUUAAAGGUCACCUCCCAGACCGUCAUUCCUGUCUUUAUCUUCCUCCUGAUUGUUUACAUCUUCAUCAUGGUGUCCAACAUUGGCCUGGUGGUCCUGAUCUUUACGAACAGGAGCCUCCAUCAGCCCAUGUACCUGCUUUACUGCAACAUGAGUGUUAAUGAUGUUCUUGGGGCCACAGUUGUCACACCGGUCAUCCUGAGAGACAUUUUAAUACCGCACUCAAGGCGGUACAUUAAUUACAUUGACUGUGCUGCUCAGGCCUUCGGUGUUCACCUCUAUGCAGGCACUGCUCAAACUGUGCUCAUGAUCAUGGCCUUCGACCGCUAUACGGCCAUCUGCAACCCUCUGCGCUACGGCACCAUCAUGACCACCAGGAUGGUGGUGAUGCUGUCGGUGGCGGCCUGGGGAACAAUCUCCGUGCUGGUGGCGAUCCUCCUAGGCCUAAGCAUCCGCCUGUCACGCUGCAGGUCAGUAAUAUUCAACCCAUUCUGUGACAACGCCUCUUUGUUCAAGCUGUCCUGUGAAAGCGUCCUCAUCAAUAACAUCUACGGCCUUGGCUACACGGUGGUCCUGCUGGGCUCCUCCAUCGGCAGUGUCACUGUCACCUAUCUGAGGAUCGCCGCAGUGUGCGUGCUCAGUAAGAACAAGGUCCUGAACAGCAAAGCGCUGCAGACCUGUGCCACCCACCUGGCUGUGUACAUCAUCCUCCUGGUGUCUGGCUCCAUCAUUGCGAUCCUGCACCGUUUCCCUCAGCUGUCAGACCACAGGAAAGUGGCGGCAGUCCUGGGACACCUUGCCGUGCCUGCCCUGAACGCUCUUAUCUAUGGGUUACAGAUUAAAGAGGUCAGGCAGAGGAUUAUGGCUUUGUUCCGUAGCAAUAAAGUAGCUCUGAUGGAAAGAAAAUAAUUAACUGAGCUCCCCAAGAUCAAAAUACUUUUGCACAGGAUGUUUGUUUGAGUGAAGGGAGUGAAAUAAUUUUUGCAUGGAUCAUGUUGAAUGAUUUAUAGAGAAAUAACCAACAUUGUAAUGUGCUACCUGUUAAUAAUUUUCUGGUAAUAAAUGAAGGUUUAACGUA